AUGUCGGUGAUGGUGAACGGGAGUCCCACUAAAGAAUUCAAGGUGGAGAGGGGAUUGAGGCAAGGAGAUCCUAUUUCUUCUUUUCUUUUUGUCAUUGUAGCGGAAGGAUUGAAGGGAUUAGUGAAUAAAGCGGUGGAAAACGGUGAUUUUGCGGGAUUUGCGUUCAAUGGGCGGUGUUUCAUAGAUGUUCUUGAAUUUGCGGAUGAUACACUAUUAGUUGGAGACGGUAGUUUGAAUCACCUUUGGGCUAUCAAAUUUGUUUUGAGAGCGUUCAAAAUGAUAUCCGAUUUAGGCAUAAAUUUCCAUAAAAGUAAACUAAUUGGAAUCAACAUUAGUUCUAAUUUCUUGGAGAUUGCCACUAAUUUUCUCGGAUGUAGGAGGGAAGGAAAAGAGUUUACUUUUUUGGGCAUAUCGAUCAGUAACAAUCCUAGAAGAAUAGCCACUUGGGAACCAUUGAUGAAGAAAGUAAAGAAGAGAUUAGCUAGUUGGAAAGGGAGAUUUCCUAUCUUCGGUGGUAUACUUACUCUCAUUAAGAUAGUUCUUGGUAGCUUAGCUAUAUUCUUUCUAUUGUUUUACAAAGCAAUUUAUCCAAAGCAAUUUCUUAUGGGGUAG